UGUGCAAGAGAAGCUGAGAAAGAAGAUUGAUGCUUGUCUUCGUUUUGUGAUUGUGAUUGUGAAUCUUUCUUCUUUUGAAAAAAACAACUGUGACUGUGAACCCUAUGUUGGGGAUCUAGACUGGUGUGGAAUUUGAUAGUCAUGGAAAUGCUGGAUUGCAGAGUGAAUAAAGGAUGAUGUUGUACAAGGAAAAUUUGAAGUUCCUGCUGAAACUCAAUCUUGAAAAUGUUAGCCAAUAUUCAUGAUGAAGUAACUACAUUAAAUGUGCCUUGAUCCCGUAUCUUUUAUCGUAGAUACUCAGCUUAUGCUUACUGGGAAGCUGGGGAGAAAUGAAGGUAUGGAUACUUUAGUUGCUCUAAUGGAGCACCCUCUUUUGGUGUCUGCAUCGGAGUCCUUCAGAUCUAUGCAAGAGAAGAGGAUCUCACUUUCUGAAAACUCUUGCUCAAAAAGCAGUAAAUGGGUCUACCUCUUCCAAAGUGAAUUUGCAACUGUUGACCCAGCGCUUGUGGAUUUAGUUGGUACCGACGAAGCAACAACUUGUGUAGGUAUUGCCAUAAGAAACAGCAAAAGUGGAAUGAUAUCUGUUGCUCAUAUGGAUAUCCCAAGAGUUGUUGAUGGUGGCCUAAAUCAGAUGCUAUCUUUAGUUGCCGACCAUGAGGAUUCUGAUGCUCCGUUGGAUGUGCAUCUGGUGGGUGGUUUCGACGACAUCUCAUCUCAACAAUCAUAUCUUGAUGCAAAACGCCGAAUCAAAUCAGAAGGCUAUUCCUAUCCUUUGUGUGCUAAGAUAGUCGAUGCUCUAAGGAAUAGGAGUGAGAAAUUUCAGAUCCAAACUCUCCAUGUGCUUGGGCAUAACACCAAAUGGGACUCUGAAGGGAUUGGAUACCCCAUUUUCCAUGGAUUUGUGGUGGAAACCUCGAAUGGAUCCAUCAGCCCUGCAAGCUUUGAUGGAACUUCAAGAUGCCCUGAUGAUAUUAUCCGUAGAAUUCGAGUGACUGCAUCUUUUGAGGAUCCUAAUUGGAGGGGCAAGCUGCUGGAUACAUAUGACACUAGCACUGACCAGUUUGUUAUUGCUCCGUGCGCUUGGAGCAUACGACAGAAAAACAUCGCCCUGGCCCUGCAAAACCUUUCUGAUGAAGAAAUACUACUUUCUUGUUCUUCUUCACCCUCUGCUGAGGGUCCUGAUUUUGUCGAUAAUGAAAGAAGGAAGUGGAACUACUUGAUCAGACACCCUGAUUGGAGAGAAGCUUUUCCGUCAAAGGCGCCUCGUCUAUUCCAGAGGACUGCACACGGAGCCUGGGCUCAGACUGUAAGGGACGACAUUCAAAACUAGCUACCACCCGGAUUUUUCGCAAUUAUAUUGUAAUUAUUGAAUUAUGUAGAAGACCUGAUGAUUUAACUUCUGCUAAUAAUGGCUUUAGAUUAUUUUAUGAGGAUAA